AGCCGCAAACUGGGGCCUGGUUCGUUCGUUCUUGAGCCUGGGAUUUUGGUUUUAGCCAGAUCAUAUACUCAUAUUAUCUUAUCAUAUCGUAUCAUAUCGUAUCAUAUCAUUCUAUCAUCCUGUGAUCCUUUGAUUCUUUGAUUCUUUGACCCUUCUUCCUCUUCUUCUGCUUCUCUCUCUCUCCGUCCAAGACAAAACUCAAUUGCCUUUGUUUCCGUUAUUCGUAUUGUCUCACCUUAUUGUGAUUUUGAUAUUCCUGUCGAGCUCACAUGCCUUCUUCCAUAACUAAGCAUCGGUGAUGCCACUGCGAUGGCUACGAGGUUGGCUGGGCUUCCCUCCCAGUAAUCAGUCAACAUCUAUCUUCAGAACAAGAUGGUUCCUAUUACUUCUUCUGGCAAUAUGGCUUCCUCUAAGCAAUGCAAUGACACCUGCGCGCAUUGCAGAGUUGCGAAAAGAGACGGUGGAAAUGUUUUAUCAUGGAUUUGACAAUUACAUGGAACUUGCAUUCCCGGAAGAUGAGCUAAGACCAGUAUCCUGUACACCACUCACUCGAGACGCCCAAAACCCUCGACAUCUCGAAUUAAACGAUGUACUCGGAAAUUAUUCUCUUACUUUGAUUGACAGUUUGUCGACUCUUGCAAUUUUGGCAUCUGCCCCUCCAGAUGAAGAAGAAACCGGCGCAACAGCACUUCAAGAAUUUCAAAAUGGUGUCGCUUCUCUAGUAUUACAAUAUGGUGAUGGCACAAGCGGAGCAUCCGGAAAGGGUCUACGUGCUCGAGGUUUUGACUUGGACAGUAAAGUCCAAAUAUUUGAGACAGUGAUCAGAGGUGUGGGUGGGCUCCUCAGCGCUCAUGAAUUUGCCGCUGGAAUUCUACCAAUCAAUGGAUACAAACCACAAUCUAGCAAGACCUCUGGAAAGACUUCGAAAACACAUCAACCUGCGAUUUUGUGGUCGAAUGGGUUUAAAUAUGAUGGACAACUUCUGCGCCUAGCUCUAGAUUUGGCUGAACGUCUACUACCUGCUUUCUAUACCGCGACCGGUAUGCCAUAUCCAAGGGUCAAUUUACGACACGGUAUACCAUUUUAUGUGAAUUCCCCUCUACAUGAGGGAUCUGGGCUUGGCGACUAUGUGCAAGAGGACACUCCUGAAAUUACCGAAACAUGUAGCGCAGGAGCGGGUAGCUUGGUUUUGGAGUUUACUACUUUGAGUCGUCUUACCGGAGAUCCAAGAUUUGAGCAAUUGGCGAAGCGAGCCUUCUGGGCGGUUUGGAAUAGGCGGAGUAAUAUUGGACUCAUUGGAGCAGGAAUUGAUGCAGAGAAUGGCCAGUGGAUUGGCUCAUACGCCGGCAUAGGUGCGGGUACAGACAGCUUUUUCGAAUACGCAUUCAAAACCCACAUUCUGCUCUCCGGACAGAGCACUCCCAAUAUAACGACGCAUAGACAACAACAGCAUGAAUCGUGGUUGGAUCCAAAUACAAUAUACAAUGAAUUGAGUGCCGAGGAGAAUUCUCCAGAAGCGUUUCUUGCAGUAUGGCACGAAGCUCAUGCUGCAAUCAGGAGGCAUCUGUAUAGUCCUACACACCAUCCACAUUACGUCAAUGUUCACCUUGUCACCGGCUCUCCGCAGGCCUUCUGGAUCGAUAGUCUUGGGGCUUAUUAUCCCGGUUUAUUGACUCUGGCUGGAGAGGUUGAGGAAGCCAUUGAAACUAGUCUAUUAUACACCGCUUUAUGGACGAGAUAUGCAGCCCUUCCUGAAAGAUGGUCAGUACGCGAUGGGCAUGUAGAAGGAGGACUCGGUUGGUGGCCUGGCCGCCCUGAGUUCAUUGAAUCGAAUUACCAUCUUUACAGAGCGACGAAAGAUCCUUGGUAUCUUCAUGUCGGAGAAAUGGUUCUGGAAGAUAUUAAACGCAGAUGUUGGGCAACAUGUGGUUGGUCAGGUCUACAAGAUGUGCGCACUGGAGAAAAGAGCGAUCGUAUGGAAAGCUUCUUUCUUGGAGAAACAGCCAAAUAUCUCUACCUACUUUUUGAUCCAGAUCAUCCAAUGAAUGAUCUCGAUGCCGCUUAUGUCUUUACGACUGAGGGACACCCUCUCGUGCUUCCUCGAGAAAAGUCGAAACCUCCAGUUACACCUCGUACACCGAUAACAACUAAAGCAGUUCAGCCAACGUAUAGGGCAUCUCUUCGGGAUACCUGCCCUGUACCCCCUCCACCAGUACCUUUUACUGUCUCCAGUACAGCUGCCAGAACGGACGUAUUUCAUGCUUCUAGUUUAAUAGGUUUGCACAUGAUACCAAAUCAUCGUGCUACGAUGGAUGGUGAAAAUAUCAAGGUCAACAAUCAUACAUACUUCCCAUGGACUUUACCAAUCUCAAUGAUUCCAAGUAAUGGCACUUGCGAUCGUCUUCCGAUAACCACAACUUUCACAAUUGAGUUUCCUAACAAUAAUCCUUUGAGCACUCAAAACGCCAAAAAUGGUUUCAAUAUUAUCUUUAAUAUCCCAACAAGUCUUGACCGUACAAGUGAUGGUAGUAUAUUGGUCAAGAGUUUGUCUGGUUUGAAGAUGGGCAUGAUACAUGAAAGUCAAUCAUAUUCUUCUGGAAUCAAUCAACAGCUCUCCGGAUCUUGGAGAGUGGGUAGUAUUGCCAAUAUACCGUUAGGACGAGAUGAGCAGAUAUUGAUACCACGAGAUGUGAUUGGAGAUCUCACAGAUCCUUCAUUCUCACGUAUUAGAAAUCCAGUUAUGCUUGACAUAGUCAUACAACUUGAACACGUUCAUGAUCACAAUCAAAAUAUGUCGGAAAGUGUCGAGGAAUUGUUCGAAGAGGAACCAAUUUACGAAGAUACCCCGGCUUUAGCAUUGGAAGAAUCGAUUAGUAGUGCAGGAUUAGCAGAAUAUAGAACUUUGCUAAGUUCUCUCCUUCAGCAAGUGACAUCUGCCCUUCGCGAUCCGGCUGCUACUCUACUUCCACAACCCCAGAUUGCUCCGACGUAUACCUACGCAACUCUCCCGGCUGUUUUACCAACUGGUAAAGGUGCACAUCUCUUGAUUAAUGCACCGGAGGCUCCCGAUCCUAUGACCGCCAAGACUUCAUCUGCCACUCUUUCCUUUGAAAGCAUUUUCUUCGCAGGUGAAGCUUGUGAUGGAAAACUCCCCGAUGAGGCAGUGAAACAGCAUCAUGUUAUAGUCAUGAAACGUGGCGGCUGUACUUUCUCCGAGAAGCUGGCCAACAUUCCCAGCUAUACGCCCACAUCUAAAGGUCUUAAAUUGGUCAUUAUGGUUUCAGACGACAAGGACGAUGUUGAAUCAGGCGAGGAAGAUAUGGAGGAUGAAGGGGCCUCGCGGAGAGGAGAGCAAAAUCUCAUCAGACCACUGUUAGACAAACCACAACUAACCCCAAGCGGCCUUUUGAGACAUCAUCAAAUUAGUAUGGUAAUGAUCGGAGGAGGCGAUGAAGCCAUCCAAGCUUUAAAACGUGCUAAAAGUGUCGGCAUCCGUCGAAGAUACCAUGUGGAAAGUCAGGGACUAAUGGUUAGCAACAUUUUUGUGGUUUGAUUUCACAAAUGAAUAACAGUAAAUAUAUGAAGUACAUGAUCAAGAGCAUUGUGGAAAUCUGGCGUUAGGAUAUCUCAUUGGGUUGGGUUGGUGCGCUGAAAAAUCAAAAAGAAUACCAUUUCUUGGAACGAUUGGGGUACCAUUGUUUCAUACCUUGGUAUGUUGUAGAUAUCGUCGAUGCUUGAUUUUGCAUAUAAACGCAGUUACAUACACAUUUCGUGCUUUUGCACCAGUAUCAGCCUUUCCCAUAGUUCAGAUUGCAGUCCGACAAUCAAAAGCUUCGAAACUUGCAGAGAUACAUAGUACUCAUUUUAGAUCACAUGAUAUAUGAAUUACUUAUGAUCUCUCCCCCUUUGAAGAAACUCCCAUGAAUUCGGGGGCAUACUUCGAUUCUACAUACCCACCUAAUAAGCAGUCAUACUGUUGUUUAACUAGACUACACCCGGAACGAGAAACAAGUCAUAGUCUCGCGUGUCUGUAUUUGUGCGCGUGUAUUUGCGUUGCAGCAGUCGAAAUCCAAAUUUAUCAUUGUAACUCAUCAGAUACCCAGUAUGCCAAUCGCCGCGUGGGCAUAACUCCAAGAAUUGCGAAAUCGAUAGGAAUGGAAUGGGUUAGGAGCAAAGCACGAGGAUUGUGUCAAUGAUUAUGAGGUUACUCGUCAGCAAAGUGCUUUGUCUACCCGCGCCGUUGUCAAUGUAGUGCUAGAUUCAUAUCAUGAUUUCUGAGGAGCGGAGAAUAAUCUUUCGAUCAAACAAGUACCAGUCCAGUGUACCAUUUAGGUGAAAGAAAAACAGCUAUAGAUAACCUCAAGAUGCAUUGCCAACGAUACUACCUACUCUUCUUGGAUGCUCAAGCAUCGAUACACUACCUGGUGAGUAAGUACGCCCUAUAGUAUAGAAUUAAAACUCCCUCUAUCCCUCACUCCCAUAGGUAGGUAUUCAAGAAUCCCAAUGCUAAUCCCAAUCCCAACACUACUUUAAUCUCCCAUCAAACUCAAGCUCAAACUCGAUCAACAGCAGCCCGUCUCCUCAGCAGGACUAAUCUAAUCUCCAUCCCUCAUCACGAGAAGAUCGGUUACUUUUUCAUCUCCAUCUUCAUCUCCAUCUUAUCUCUCGCUGAGAAUGACUAAUUAUGUGCUAGGGGUCCUUCAAAAUUUUGGAACGUCAUUGAGGACGAUAUGUACUGUACAUAGGUACAUACCUAUAAAUCACCAUUUUCGAUUUCCGCAUCAGCUCCGACUUGGAAGUUGGAAACGUGCAGGUAUGGUCUAGAAGAAGGCUAGUCAUCAGUC